CGAUAUUUCGACGUCAUACGCUGCUUAGUCUGCGCAGCGCCGCAUGAAUGACUCUUUUUACACUCUAUGCGUUGAACACAUUCAAGGUCCCCAGCGCGCGCAGGAGCAACACGUGGGGGAUUAUCAAAUCGCUGCUUUAAACGCAACACUUUUAACUGACGAAUCAAGGACAGUUUAUAUGGUUGAAAAGUUUGUUGAAUAAAAAUGACACCCUGUGAAAUACCGUCAGUAACGCUGACGUCAGGAGUGCAGAUGCCACUCUUGGGUCUGGGCACGUAUAGGAUACAGAGCUAUGAGCAGUUAUACCAGUGUGUCGACUCUGCUCUUGAAGCAGGAUAUCGUUGCUUUGACACAGCUGCAGUGUAUGGAAACGAAGCACAUCUAGGGCAAGUCAUCAGAGAGCUCUUGCCCAAGUAUGGCCUUAGCCGUAAAGAUGUGUUCAUCAUUAGCAAGCUUGCCCCUUUGGACCACGGGCCCAAGGCAAAACAAGGUUGCCUCAAGAGUCUGGAGCAACUGGGCUGUGAAUAUAUUGACCUCUAUCUGAUACACUGGCCCGGGAUAGAGGGUUUCGAACCAGGGGAUUCUUGUCAUGCACAGUUUCGGGCGCAGAGCUGGGCAACCCUAGAGGAAUUUUACACCAGCGGGAAAUUCAAGGCAAUAGGAGUCUCUAACUACAGUGCAAAACACCUUAGGGAACUGCUCAUGAUGUGCCAUGUGCCCCCAGCCGUCCUUCAACUGGAGUGUCAACCGAAGCUGAUCCAGAGGGAAUUGAGAGAUUUAUGUACAGAGAAAGGCAUUCACUUUCAGGCCUAUUCCUCUCUUGGUAAAGGAGCUCUUCUGGGCGAGCCAGGGGUAGUGGCUAUAGCAAAGAGCUGUGGUCGGACACCUUCACAGGUUUUGCUGAGGUGGGCUGUACAGCAAGGCAUUUCAGUUCUGCCUCGUUCCUCACAACCCUGCAGAGUAAAGGAAAAUGCAGAGGUUUUUAGUUUUAAGCUAAGUGAGAAUGAUAUAAAGAUGCUGGAUGCCAUGAAUUGUGGAGCAAGAUUUUGUAAAAGAGACUAUAGCAAUAUAGCUUGAAGUGUUAUAGCUGUAAUACAUUCCAAAUGUUGCAAGUAAAAAAGUAUGUAAAAAAUCAGGAUCUGAAUAAAGCUUGCAAACUGUGUGUUUAAAAAAACAUUAAAACUAGCUUAAGCCAGAAAAGCAUUUAUUUGAGCAGAAAUUCUUAAAAAAAGAUAAAAAGUUGAUCAGUUUAAAAAGUAUUUAAACAGUUCAUUAACGGUGUGAAUUAUAUUAAAUAUGAAUAUGUACAAGAUGCUUAAAAAACAAUGCAAACAUCAAGUAUAAGAUUUAUGAAAACAGCUUUUUUUGUCCAACUGCAUUUCAUUUAUUACAAACUGGUCUGAAUGUUUUUACAUACAAGACCAUUCAGACAAGACUGCACAUGGCCUGCAGUCUGAGUUUAAAGGAAUACAAAUGUACCAGACUAUCAACAACUUUACCAUCAAGAAAUAUGUACACAAAAGGCAGUGAUAAAUUACAAAGUUUUGAAAGAAUCUGAUAUCAAUUUCUUUUCCCACUGGAAAUCCAAGCAUAAAAACAUGAAGAUCUUAUA